GGGUCACGUGACACACAUGUCAGGGGACAGCAUGGCGGACAUGCAUGUGGAGCCUCAAAACAAAUCGCACCGACUGUCCAGCUAACCCCGCCGCGAGGAAAACCCUCCGUUAGCGCGUGUGAAGGCGGGCCGGCGGCGCCCGAGCAGACAGCGCGAUGGACGACGACAACAAGCUCCAGUUCCCGUCUCUGCCCGCGACCAAGGAGGACCUUCUGGACUGGGCUUAUCCAAUGAGACGAGAAAUGCAGGAGAUAUUGCCAGGACUGUUUUUAGGUCCCUACUCUGCUGCAAUGAAAAGCAAGCUGCCAAUUCUUCAGAGACAUGGCAUAACGCAUAUCGUGUGUGUCCGCCAAGACAUUGAAGCCAAUUUUAUCAAACCUAACUUCCCUCAUACAUUUAGAUACCUUGUGUUAGAUAUUGCUGACAAUCCAGUGGAAAAUAUAAUCCGCUUUUUUCCUAUGACUAAAGAAUUUAUUGAUAGCUGCUUAGCGACAGAAGGAAAGGUACUGGUUCAUGGUAAUGCAGGGAUAUCAAGAAGUGCUGCCUUAGUGAUUGCAUACCUUAUGGAAACAUUUGGGAUGAAAUACAGGGAUGCAUUCAGCCACGUCCAGGAGAGGAGGUUCUGCAUCAACCCCAACGUGGGCUUCGUGCAUCAGCUGCAGGAAUAUGAAGCAAUCUACCUAGCCAAAUUGACCAUUAAAAUGAUGUCACCGAUGCAGCUGGGCAGGUCGUUCUCUCUACAAGCUGGGAUGCCAGGGAGCCGUAAACGCAGCCUGGAGGAAGAUGAAGACUUUGGAGCAAUGCAGGUCACAGCAGCGCAGAACGGAUGAGCUUUGCUGAUAUUUAGCUGUGUGGCACAGUGCACUCAUUUUUUUUGUUUUUUUGUUGAGUUUUUUUUUUUUUUACAUUUUUAAUGGAAUUAAAAAUGUAAAUAUUUGAACUUUUUCUAAGGGGAGGGCUUGAGGGCGGGAGGGGGACCACUCCUGUCUGAGACACGGAGUACUGACGGGGUUCGCGCAAAUUUGAUAACUACUUCUUUUUUUUUUUUUUUUUCUUGAGCUGUAUGCACUGAUGGGAGAUUUUUUGCAGUUUUAUAGUAUUUAAAGCAUUUUGCAUUUGCAGCGGGACAGUAUUGCAAUAAUGCACUUUCGAUACUUGAAUUUGUGUAGACGACCAGAUGGGGGGGGGAAGUUGGCAAAAGGGAAAGUAGCCAGAACGUGGCCCGGCGGAGGACAUGACGAGAGGACUAGCUAUGCCUUUAUUUUGGAAGUACUAGGAUUAUGGACUAAUAUCAGUCUUAAUGUGGGGGAUAGUAAAAAUGGAGAAAAAUAACAACUCACUGCUUAAUAAAAAUAUAAGUCCUGA